AUGUCAGGUCCCGAUUCAAGCGGCGAUAGUAGUGAUGGAGAACCAGCCGAUAACGACACAGUUCCAGAUAUUUUCUCUCCCCCUGAUCCUUUAAUGUUCUCCAACAAAAACCCAUCGCCACCACCUACCCUCGUACCACCGCAAAAACAAACGCCGGCUUUAUCUUCGUCAUCGUCUUCAAGCUCAAAAUCGACACCCUCAACGACUGUCAAAACGGAACCCAGCACCUCGCCCUCGAUUUUAUCUCCGAUAUUGUACCAAACUCCGCAAGGUAUGAUGUACGCAACGCCCUCUAACGGCGGGGUGAUUUUGAGUUUAGCUCAGGGCGACGCAAACGGCCAACCCCAGUUUAUCACUAUCCCUUUGUCGAUGAUGACCAACGGGCAAGGAGAACUGGAUCUAUCUAAGAGAAACUGA